CGAAACAGCAAGAAAAGAGCUCAAAAUUCAAUUAGUUCAUACAAGCUCUUGAAGAAGAUAUUGAAUAUUGGGAUUAGGUUUAGCGCUUAACUAAAGUUAUCAUGCGAUUCCGUUCUUAGAGAAAUGAAAUACUUACCUGAAAGAGUUAUUUUGUCUCUGGUUUUGUGUCUUGGAACAAUCAACAUGCUGGCUCAAAGAGUAAAUUUAAGCAUAGCAAUCUUAUGCAUGACAAGUCGCUGCACUAUACGUGAUAACAACAGUACAAGUAAUAAAUAUCCUAUUCGAGUUGUUCAGAAUUCAUCUGGUUGUAGUAUAGAGUCAUUCAAUGAAACAAAGAAAGCCUUCACAGAUCCUAUAUUUUAUGAUGGAGUAGGAUUCAGCAUGUUUUUCUUACACUCGAGUACUGUGAUAGAUGGCCCGUUUGACUGGGAUCGCUCAAAUUGGGGAGUUCUUCUGGGAGUUAUUUUCUGGGGUUAUUUUCUUGGGCAGAUACCUGCAGGCAUCCUUAUUCAAAAGUUCAGCGUUCGCUCAGUCCUGCUUACAUCCCUAAUUCUUAUGAGCACAUCAACAAUACUUGUUCCAGUGGUAGCGAUAAGGUCUCUGUAUUUAUUUUGUGCCGUACGAGUACUUACAGGAUUAACAUCCGCAAGUUGGUUUCCUGGAUUCUAUCAACUUUGGGCUGCUUGGGCACCUCCAAAUGAGCGUGGACUCUUAAUUGGAUUUGCUUAUGCAGGACUUCAUGUAGGUAGUGCUAUUACAAUGCCUAUUACUGGUGCUUUGUGUCAGACAUCAUUGGGAUGGUCACUAGUUUUCUACUUCUAUGGUGCAGUCAGCUUUGUUUAUUGUAUGAUAUGGUUCAUGUUUGUAUAUGAUGAACCUAAAUUAAAUCCAAGAAUAUCUAUGAAAGAAAAGACUUAUUUAGAAUCAACCUGCCCAGUUAUAAUGAAAAACAGCCAAGGAAAGAUCCCAAUAAAAUCCAUUUUGACAUCACUCCCUGUUUGGGCAUUCAUUGUUGUAAAUAUUGGCAUAGAUUGGAAUUUAUAUACAUUUCUAACUAGCGUACCAACGUAUAUGCGUGAAGUGUUGCACUUUGAUUUUCAACAAAAUGCUCUGCUGUCUUCCCUACCAUACAUCGGCAUGUGGAUAGGACAACUAAUAUUUGGUUGGAUAUCGGACAUCCUUUUGACUCGGCGAAUUCUAACUUUGAGUGUUGUUCGUAAACUGAUGAACAGCAUAGGUAUGUUUGGACCGGCUCUCCUUAUGAUACUGAUCACAUUGUUUGACUAUCAUAAUAAAUAUGCAGUUGUUAUUCUACUAACAUUUGGACUGUUCCUUAGUUCUGGCGUUUUCUCUGGUGGAAUGCUUAGUCCAAUCGAAAUCACACCAAAAUAUUCUGGUUUACUGUUUUCUGCUUCUAAUUCACUUGGUGCGUUGACAGGAUUUUUGAGUCCAGUCGUAGCAAAUGCUUUGACACCAGAUAAAACUUAUGAGCAAUGGCGUUAUGUGUUUUAUUUAGGUUCUGUAAUAUUUCUUAUUGCUGGAUUCUUCUUUCUCAUAUUUUCAUCAUCUAAUAUACAAUCAUGGGCUAUAGAAGUUAUCGAUUAUGAUGAUGAUGAUGAUGUUGCUGAUAAUCAUCAUUCACUUACCGAUAAAAGUUUCUCUCCUACAAUUUGUCAAAUUAACAAAGAGAAUAUAGAAAAUGAACAUAAAGAAUUUGACCAAAUCCAUUCUAAUGUGGUAUCAAUAACUUGAUAUGAAAUUUGCUGCUUAAUUGUUUGUUUGUUUUUCUUCUCACUAUUAUUUGUAUUACUACUGGUUGUAAUUUUUGCUUUUUAUAAAACUAGUUAUUUGAUACAAUUUGAAGAUGAAAUCGUUGUAUUUGGCAGUAACAAUUCAAUGAAUAUAUACCUAUGUAUUUUAUCUAAAUGUCUUUACUUUAUGGUAUAGUUAGUUGUUUUUCCUUUUAUAUUUCACAUAAUGGAUUACAAUAUAACUCGUGAACAAUCAA